CAAUUUUCAUUUGGGCCUUUGACGGAUAAGACAGCAGAUGCGCGGGAUUCUUUUUCAAAGAAAUGUGGAGAAAAGCAGAGGGUUUACCGGAGUCACUGCGGAAAUCACAAUGAGCGAGGUCGAGGUGGACUUCAUCCCAGAUACCACCGCUACGUUAGCGGAGAAUGAGGCGAAGGGAGUUGGGGACGUUGAUGUCGGCACCAUAAUCGACACAGUGCCGAGCAACAACCCAACCCACUCUGAAAACCCGUUCGUUUCAAUAAAUGGUCUGUCGUUGGCGGUUCUCCUUAUAGCUAUUUUUGCCGCUGUUGGGCUUGCUAUGGUCGUGCGAGUCUGGUGGGUUCGUCGCAAGAGAAGACGGAAGGAGGCUGGCGAGACCGUGCCAGUUCAAGCGAACGAGGCACACGCUCCCAUGGAGCGCACAAGACGGACAAGUCCAAGCUGCGCGCAGGCUGGACUUUCGGGUGGUGCUCCAAUCGCGGAAUCUACAGGCCUUUCCGAACCUGUCCAACCCGCAAGCGUCUCAGUUGACUCUGAAGGACAGCAGGAAGCUCGUUCUUCUGCCUCCUCUUUCUGGAGUCAGCUACGCGCGGAUGUUCUCCUUCCCGGUUUGCCAGAUCCUGAGGACUCUUUUGUUCAAGUUGUUAUUGAUACGCCUGUGUGCGGCGCGGAAGUUAUUCACAGUACCGGUAUAAUAUGGGAUACGACUCCACCGACGGGCACUACAGAUUCCUCCUCCAUUGGAAAGCGGACUUUGGGAGCCUAUGACGAUGCUUUUGAAAGAUGGGCGCUGGAUUCAACCGGGAUGAGAAGCGGCUCGAGGUCUACAACCUCGACAUCACACUCCAGACUGGGAACAGAAGGCUCGGAAGCGCGAAUUGAAGCCCCCGGGCGCAAACAUAUCCGCAUGGAUGAGCGAUCCGUUAACCUAAGUGGAAAUGUAGAUGCGACACCACCUUCUCGAAAGCUGAUGCGCAGGAGUUUCUCAUACACGGGCAACUCGAUGGGACCGUCGGCGAUGGGGUUCGUGGGUCAUGAACGGAUAUCAGAAGAACAUCCUUAUGUGCAACCGCAAACACCAAUGGAGGAAGUUGCGGGGAACAACUAUGAAGCGAGCAAUGUGAUGCAGAGUCUCGAGCAAGCAACGCACGUCACGCGAUGGCCUGCCGGAGACUAAUGGGCUAUUCCUUUACAAUAAUCAACAUCACACAAUUUUGCUAAUACCCAAUGCAACCUACACCGGGUUGAUGUAAAUAUAAUGGCAGAGAAUGAUAAUCAUUUGCAUGUUGUCUGCUGAAAACGUUGUGGUAGCAUAACUGAAGUGGGCCGCUUUAUGAAAUAACACCAUCCUCUGCAUGCCGAUAUCAAAAUACUGAUUCUUUU